AUGUCAACGCCAAAUAAUGCAUCCCUUGUUCUCAUCGGGCGUCACGGGGCCGGGAAAACAGCAGUUAUUGAAUCCCUUUUAGGAAAGAGAUUGAAAGUAUCUACGCCUGCGGGGGAUAUCGGCAACACAUACAAGAUAACAACUCCCGGCAUGGCACUGAAGGUUAUUGAAACACCUGGGUUCUUCGCUGCAGUGGACAUAAAUACUUGUAAGUCCAAGCUAGUUGGCACUAUCCGUACAUCUACACCGAGUACCGAUGCCUUUGGGAUGGUAAUUCAAAUAGGACGAUUUACAACGGAAAAGGGGAAAAUGAUUGACUUGUUUCAAGAAAUAUUUGGUGAGGGUGUGUUCCGAUUUACUAUUGUCAUCUUUACAAAGUUGGACGAACUCACCUACGAUGAUAUGACUUUGGAUGAGUUCCUUCAAGACAGUACGCCAGAACUUCAGAGGUUUUUAACGGCAUGUGGUGGGCGGUAUAUUGGCUUUGACAACACGGGAGACUGGGAGACCAGGGCGAAGUAUGGAGAGAGACUUGUAUCCAUGUUGAAGGAUCUCCAGAUGCAGAACAGCAACAUGGUCUACACCGUGGCCAUGCUUGAUGAGGCCACUGGGUGUCAGCAGAAGAAAGAGGAAGAAGAGAAGAGAAAACAGGAGGACGAGUAUAGGAGAGAGAAAGAAGAAAUGAAGAAACGGAUGCGUCAAGGGAUGAGACGAGAGUUUGAUGCAGAGUUGCAAAGAGAGACUGUGACGACAUCACAGAAGUACCAAGCCUUUGGACAAGAUACGAAAUACAAACCAACACAUGGUCAAGGUUUUCAACAGAUUGUUCUAAGACGCGCCAAACCGACACAAGUCAGAACUCCACCACACGGAGAGCAGCGUCCAAGUGAUGACGGGAGGACCCCAAAGGGCAGGGUCGCGGACACUGUGCAGUCAAGCCAACCAAAAAGAAGAAGUUUAUUUGAACUCAUUUCCUUUUUCGAGUCUCAGAAAAAUUGA